ACAAAGAAUUUCAAUACAAACACAAAACUCUCACGCAUUGUGACGAAAAAAAAUUAACAAUUUAAUUAGUGUUGACAAAAAUUUGUUUCAAAAUGGGAUUAAGUACUGAGACAAGUCUUUUGGCAUUACCUGAUGAAACUAUUGAGAAGAUAAGAAAGACUUUCAAUUUGGAAAAACCAGAGAGGCGUGCAGAAGCUGUCAAAAUAUUACAAGAGUGGCUUCAGAAGCAGGAUCAUAUUAUCAAGAAGGAUUUUAGUGACGAUUACUUAGAGAGAGUGCUAAUCACAUGCAAAGGUUCCGUAGAAAAGGCGAAAAAACAGAUUGACAGAUUGUGUACAUUGAAAACUCUUUUACCGAAGUUUUUUGCUAUGACAAAUGUCAAGACAGAUUUACCGGAAGAUUAUUUUGAGGAUAAAUUGUUCAUCCCUCUACCUCAGCUUACUAAGGAUUUGUACAGAGUCGUACUUUUAAGCUUUGCUGGUAAGCAGAUAACCAGCGAGGUACUAUGGCAUUACUUCCAAUUUAGUGUUGUUCUUAGCGAAUAUAUGAAGCUUAAUGAUUAUUUACAUGGUAUCAUUAUAGUAUAUGACUUCAGGCAUGUUAAUUUAUUUGACUUGGUGACCAAAUUGAAUACUGUGGAGUUGCAACAGUUUGUCAGUAUUCUUGUUGAAGGAUUCGGUGCCAGAUUAAAAAGCAUACAAGUAUUAACCGAAUCAAAAGCCGUAGAAAUAUUAAUUAACAUAGUUAAACAAGUUGUUAGUGAGAAAAUUGGUAAAAGAUUUGUAGUACAGAACAGCUUGGAAGGGCUUUAUAAAGUAGUGCCAAAAGAAAUUCUACCAGUAGAAUAUGGUGGUGAGGAAAGAUCCGCACAUAAGUUACAAGAGGAAAUAAUGGAAGAACUAUCGAUGGAAAGACACGUGAAAUACAUGGAGAUGAUGAGCAAAGCCUGCACUGAUGAAACGAAGCGACAUGCUGGGAAAUUCAAUGAAGAAUAUAUGGGCAUGCCUGGGUCUUUUAGAAAUUUAAGUGUAGACUAAUAAUAAUUGAUAAAUUAUAUAAAAUUAAAUAAGUUAUAUUCUUAGUAAUUUGGCAUGGUAAUGUGAAAAUAUUAGUUCAAUUAAAAAUAAAGGCGAUGUCAGACGAUUUUUUCUGCGCGUACAUGCGCUCGUGUCGACUUAUUAUCACACUUUGAGCUUCAAAUAUUAGAGCUACGUACGGUUUCUUAUAUUACUUUCUAUAUACGGAGUUUCUUUACAUUAUGUAGUUGUGAGUAAUAAAUGCUCGCAAUUAUAAUCAUCAACGCUCGUACAAGUUGCAGCGUUUGUUAAAACUGGAGCUAACAUGAAUUAAACAUUAUUAAACAGGUUAUACAUACCAGUGUAUACGGCUUUGUUACUGCUUGUCUGAAAUAGCUCUUAAAUAUGAUUUUAUGCUCAGAUAAAUGAAUAAGAUUAUAUGCAAGAUUUUGACGAUAAAGAGGCAAAUAGGUCACAUACAUAUUUAAAAUCCUUAUAAUCUAUUUUAUUUUUAGGGUUCCGUACCUCGA